AUGACAAGCAUUCGUAGCCGUAAGGGAAAGAAAGAACUUUUGCUUAAUAUUCCGAAGUUAGAGCAACCUAUCACUAUUCCUAAAAACUUAUCAAGCAAUAUUACGCUUAAAGAUCUUACAUUUUUAGAUUUUGUUGGAAAAGGUGCCUUUUCCACAGUGUACAGGGUCAAAAUGAACGAUACAGGUGAAAUUUAUGCCCUUAAAAAGAUAAAAUACGCCGAAACUCAAGAACAAUUAAAAGUUAUAGUAAACGAAAUUGAUUGCAUGAAUACAUUAAGGCAUCCUAAUGUUCUCCGUUUGUACAAUGUUUUUUACCAAUCAGGAGCAAUUCAUAUUAUCAUGCCCUAUAUUAAUGGUCUUACAUUAGCAGAAGCAUUGAAAAUCAUGCCAAUACCACCAGAAGCGCAACUUGGCCGCAUUUCUUACUUAGCAGUCCAAGGAUUGCAUUAUUUACGAAAGAAUGCAUACAUUCAUCGCGAUUUAAAGCCAUCAAACAUUCUUCUUUCCCUUGAAGGACAAGUUUUGAUUGCUGAUUUUGGCUUAGCUCGUCAACUUACUGCUUCAUCCGAGCAGGCAUGUUCUUAUGUCGGCACAAUCUCAUAUAUGGCCCCAGAAAGAAUCAAAGGAAAGGAAUACCAGUUUAAGAGUGAUGUUUGGAGCCUUGGAAUCAUUAUUUACCAAAUGGCACUCGGUCAUUUCCCACUUCCAAAGGAUCCAGCUCAAGUCACAUACUGGGACAUAUUAGAUUUUGUCGAUAAAGAAGUUAGAAUUGAAUUACCUGAUCCUUACGCCCCUGACUUCAAAGCAUUUCUUAUGAAAUGCCUUUAUCCUAACCCUGAGCAACGCUCUGAUGUUAAUGAACUUGUUAAUGAUCCUUGGAUUCAGAAAUUCUCAUCUCCAGCUUAUGAUGCAGAUCUGAAGAAAUGGAUUAACGAAAUGCACCAAAAGCAUAUGGAAAAUAAGAAAUCAGCACCCACACUUGGUGAUAGUGUAUUAUAA